CACUUUCAAUUGAGGAGAUCACAGACUUUGUGGAGUUACUCUUGGUCCCAGCUGAAAUUUCUGAACACUCUUUAAAGUUAGCCCUCAUCAAGGCAUAUAUAACUGUGAAUGGAUCAGACUUCUUCAGUAUUGGGUGGAGUUGGGCUCAUAGCCUUUCAGUGUUCCAGAGCACACCUGGAAACCGCAGAAGCCUGGGCAAUUUUGAUAUUAGUGACCAUCUUUCCUGCCCUGCUAUAUUCAAGGCCAUCUGUCGGGGGAUGGCCAUCUGCCGGGAGUGCUUUGAAUGCGAUUUCCUGCUUCUUGGCAGGGGGUUGGACUAGAUGGCCCAUGAGGUCUCUUCCAACUCUACUAUUCUAUGAUUCUAAGGCUGAGGCCACACAGGUUGUGUAUCUGUGUACUUCCAGUGUAACCUCAACCACCACAGGGUGUAUCCUGAUUGGUUUAUCUGCCUUUCAACUGACUGUGAACACCUCUGUCUUGUCAGAACUCACACUCCGUUUCUUUGCCCUCAUCAGUCCAUUACAGAUGCUAGACAAAGGUUUAGAAAUCAAACAGAUUCCAUUGAAUUAUAUUAGAGUGGAAAAGAGAGUUGAAGGCCAUCACCAUGAAAUAUUUCCCUUUAUUUGUUGAUAGGCACAACCUCUUUCUUUGUGUAAUGACCAUUGUUAUCCAGGUUAUAGUAAAAGAAAGAAGGAAGGGAAGCCAUUUUGCUGCUAUGAUUGUAUUCCAUGUCCAGGAGGGAAGAUUUCUGCCCAGAAGGGUAAGAGUGGCCCAUCCUUCUUUCCUUCUUCUCUCCUUCCCUCCCUCACUCUCAAUCUUCUUAUGUCACAUGGAAUGUAUUUUCUAUAACUUUCCUUCACACUCUACAUGUAUAACAAAAAUCCUUUUUUCAAGACAAAAGUUGUUAUUUUAUUUUUCUGGAUUAAUAUGAUUUUUUAUUUUCAAUUUACAUAUUCAUAAAAAUACGGUGAAAUAAAUCUGUAUAUAUGUAUGCCUGCAUGAACCAAUACAAUAUUUCCUUAUAUCUGUACAAUAUGUAUUCAUAUUUAGUUAUACUCUCCCCUCCUCCAACCCCUGCCAGUUUUGUGACUUCCCGUUCCUUGGGUUGGAGACAUUCAUAUAUAAUUCUGUUCUUCCUUCUGUUCGGGGCGGGAUGAUGGUGAUGGUAUUGUAAAGGAGCUGGCCACAGUUCUUUUGUCAUGGACCGAUCACUACCUGGUCAGGUUUAGAUUCACUGGAGCUAAACUGGCUUGAGUCUUGCAAUCUGCAGAGGAGGCCCUGCUCUCAGUCCCACCCCCGUCUCAAGCACAGUUGGUGGAAACGAGAGACAGGGCCUUCUUCGUGGUCACUCUCCACCUCUGGAACCCCCUCCCAAAAGAAUUAAAAACUGCUCCCUCUCUUCCUGCUUUAAAUAAACUGCUGAAAACCUACAUACAUACUGCGGCGUAUGGAGAGGAGGAGACUAAUAUGGCCAAUGUCUACUCUCGCCUAGACAUUUUAAACCUUGUCUAGAGAUGGAAACUAACCUCAGCCCACUGGUUGUUGCAUGACAUCUUUUAUAAUUGUUUUAGUGAUUGUACUAAAUUGCUUUUAUUUAGUGUCGAAUUUACAUUAAUUGGCAUAUUCCUAUAGGUCAUUUAAGUUCUUAUUGUCAGUUAUUUUGUCCGUUAUUAAGUUAAGAUUUAGAUUCCUUCUAUAUUGUCUCAAUAUGAUUUAGCCUGAUGUAGUAUGUUCUGAAUUGUUUUCCCUUUUCAGCAUUAAAUGUUUGCUGUACAUGUUGGAAACCACUUGAGUCCCUUUGGGAAGAUAGGGCGAUAUGUUGUUGUUGUUGUUGUUGUUGUUGUUGUUGUUGUUGUUGUUGUUAUUUCUCCUAGUCUAUUUCUAGUUAUUUUAGAAUAUUCCUAUAGUGAAUUAUCUAGAUAAGUUCACUUUUAUCUUCUUCAAUGGUAUAGUUUGAUGCAAUUAUCUAUCAAAGCAUGCAUUUUAAAUAUUUAAUUACCUAACAUAUCUAGGACAUGGAAUGUGGAAAUGUUGAUGCCAUAAGCUUUACUACAGGCUUUCAAAAUAAUAUUUUGACUAUAUCAAUUGACUUUAAGUAAGGUUGCCACAUGUAUGUCAAUGUUUCCUUUUCCCUAGAUGUGGAUAACUGCUUUCAGUGUCCAGAAGAUCAUUACCCAAACAAGAAGAGGGAUUUCUGCAUCCCCAAAUAUAUAAUUUUCCUUGGUUUUGAAGACCCAUUUGGAACAGGUUUGGCCAGCUUUGCUCUUUUCCUGUUUUGUGUGACUGUUGUGGUGCUUGGGAUCUUCCUCAAACACCGGGACACUCCCAUUGUCAAGGCCAAUAAUCGGACCCUCACCUACACCCUCCUCCUCUCCCUCCUGCUCUCCUUCCUUUGUGCUCUGCUGUUCAUUGGAAAGCCACAGAAGAUGACCUGUCUCCUUCGUCAGACAGCUUUUGGCAUCAUCUUCUCAGUGGCCAUUUCUUCUGUGUUGGCAAAAACUAUCACUGUGAUUCUUGCUUUCCAAGCCACCAAGCCUGAAUCCAAGUGGAGGAAAUGGUUGGGGAAAAGAAUGGCCACGUCCAUUGUUCUUUCCAGCUUGCUCAUUCAAGCCACCAUUUGUACAGUGUGGCUGUCUACCUUUCCACCAUUUCCUGAUCUUGAUGUGAACUCAAUGGCUGAAGAAAUUAUUCUGGAGUGUAAUGAAGGGUCAAUCACCAUGUUUUAUUGCCUCUUGGGUUUUAUGGGUUUCCUGUCCAUUUGCAGUUUCACGUCAGCUUUCUUUGCCAGGUUCAUCACCUUCAGUAUGUUGGUCUUCUGCAGUGUGUGGAUUUCCUUUGUGCCAACAUACUUGAGCUCCAAGGGGAAAUACAUGGUGGCCGUGGAGAUCUUCUCAAUCUUAGCUUCCAGUGCCGGAUUACUUGGUUUUAUAUUUUUCCCCAAAUGCUAUAUCAUUAUUCUGAGGCCUGAUAUGAAUACAAAGGAGCAAGUAAUGAAAAGAAAGCAUUAAAGAAAGUUUCUGUUUAUUCAUUUAUCAUCUGUUGUCUCUUAUUUAGAAUUUGGUUCCUAAGGUUAAUAAAAUGUCCUGAUGAGAGAUGAUAUUCUGGUACAAAGUAAUGAUCUAUAUUUUAUCCUCAUAAUUUCAUCAGAAGGAUGGGUCCCAGUCUUAGUUUGAAUUGAAGAAUCAGUAUAUGUAAGACCAAUAUUAGGUUUGGUAUUAUGCUAAUGUAUAGUAUAUUCCUCUAUCGGAAAUAUAUCAUGCCAAUUUCUUUUAUGCUUAAGCUUGUGAUUUAUUGAAUUUCUAUUGAAUUUCUCCUGAAGCUUUCCUUUCUGUAAAUGUCUUUUUGCAAACUGCAACCAAAGUCAAAAAUAAAAGUCAUCAUAGGAGCUAAUUAGAGCUAAGGCUUAUUUUUGAGUAGACAUGAAUCAGUUGGACACAGAAAUGCAUAUUCACACAGCUUUCAUUGCAGUUUCAAAUAUACUGUCAUGAUUUUGCCUGCCCCACACACUCAACUGAACACAUUAGCUAGUCUGUUAUCUACUUGAUAAUUGUAGCCAUCUCCUUUUAGUUUUUAGAAAAACUCCAUUAAAAUUGUUUGUGACUGUUCAAA